UCCACAAUAGGAGGAACCAACUUAAAUGAUGCCAACGAGGUGGUCUAAUUUUUCAAGUUAAGAGACGUGGCUUUAACUCUAGCCAGUCCCUCCAAAAAUGUCCCUCUCUCUUCUCCGAAACACUGCAUAUCUCUCUUCACUUCCAUUCCCAAUUCGAUUCAUCUCCUUUACAGCAAUGCCCAGAGCACGCAAAAUUCCUCUUCUGCAAACCCCAGGUUCUGAAGAUGAUGGUGUUGUUCCCAAGAACAGAGUGAGGAAAAGGAGAGUGGAAAUGAUAGCUAAAGAGGUUAAGACAGAAUCUCCACAGGAAAAAUUUCUCAGGCAUCCAGAAAUUGAAGAUUUUGCAAAUAAAAGUGACAAUGUUUAUUCUCAAUCAAUACAACCUCCUGCCAACUGGGAAAGGGUCAUUGAAGGUAUUCGCAGCAUGAGAUUAUCAGAACAUGCACCUGUAGACUCCAUUGACCCCGAUGAAGGGGUGACUUCUCUGCAACCUAAGGAAAGAAGAUUUGCUGUUCUGGUUGGUUCAUUGUUAUCAAGCCAGACCAAGGGUCAUGUUACUCAUGAAGCGAAUCAACGGCUCCUCGAAAAUGGUUUGCUGAGUGCUGACACAAUGGAUAAAGCUGAUGAAGCCACCAUAAAGAGCUUGAUAUACCCGGUUGGAUUUUACACAAGAAAGGCUCAGCACCUUAAACAAGUUGCAAAGAUUUGUGUGUCUAAAUAUGACGGAGACAUUCCUAGUACAGUUGAUGACUUGCUUCUACUUCCAGGUGUUGGUCCCAAGAUAGCUCACCUGGUUAUGAUUAUGGCAUGGAACAAAGUUGAAGGGAUUUGUGUAGAUACCCACGUGCAUCGUGUUAGCAAUCGGCUUGGUUGGGUCUCACGGCCUGGAACAAAACAGGGAACUAGAUCCCCCGAAGAGACAAGGGUCUCCUUGCAGCAGUGGCUUCCUAAAGAAGAAUGGGUUUCCAUUAAUUUGCUUUUGGUCGGCUUUGGGCAGACCAUAUGUACUCCUCUGAGACCUCGCUGUGCAAAAUGUACGGUAAGUGAAUUCUGCCCAUCGGCAUUUAAGGAGAUAUCAAGCACAGCUUCCACUUCCAAAACACGACGCCCCAAGAAAGAACUGUGA